AUGCGCUCGGUUCGCUUGGCGCCAGAAUGCAGUCUGGGUAAAGGUUGCGAGGUCGCGGCGGCCAUCUUUACUGUGGGCAAAACCGAAAAUUACAGGUAAUUGACAGAAGACGCCAGAAACAGGUUAGUAAAUGAGCAGAAACUAUUUAAAAGUACCUGGAACUCGAAGGAGGUUGUUGUGGAGUCAGUUAUUAGACAACUUGCAUUGGAUUAUCUAGAAGAGAAUUUAAGACUCUGGGAUCUUUCUAUUCUUUGCCACAGGUUUGUGUAUUUCUGAUAAAAUUUUAUCCCUUUAUUGUGACAGUUUACUUGUAUAUUCUAAGAGAAUUACUUUGAAUUAUUUUUAAAUUCUUUAUUGUAGUUAGCCCAUUAUGAGCUCUGCUAGUAGGAAUCCUUUACCCUGUUCAGGAGAAUCCAGGUGAGUAGGAUUCCAUAUAUAUUUCAUUUAUAUUGUGUGUGUGUAUAUAUAUAUUUAUAGGUUAAAGGGGUAUUAACUCUCCAUUUACUAACAGUUCCUUAUAUUACUUUUAGUAAUGGAGAACAGUCUAUCUCAUCUCCCCCACGAAAGAGGAGACAGAAGUCAGACCCCUGUGCAGGAUGUGAUGGGAAGGCGUUGGAAGGCAAAAAACUGUGCUUAGACUGUUUGCAGAAAGUGACCACUCCAGCAGCCGUAACACCCACUCAGUCACCAGAUAUCCUGACCUGGAUCAGACAGGAAGUGGCUCAGGGCAUUUCAGAAGCCAUGGAGGCAAGUAAGCGGUCUGUAAAAAGACCAAGACAGAGACUGAUAUCCUCAGAUUCAUCUGGCUCAGAAUACCAGGAUUCAGUUGAAGAAUUUCAGGUUCUUGAUCAGGUUUAUUCUAGUGAGAACGAAGAAGAGGUCUUGUCAGAAUAUCUAGACGCCAAGACAGUGGAUAAGCUCAUCUUAAAG